UGCCAGGAGGUAACAAUCAGCGUCCAGAAUAUACGUCACAGAUGCAGGUAGCAGCAGCAACAGGACAGCCUAUUCUAGCGCCAGCACCCAUGAACACUCAGCCACAGGCGAUAACUGCUGUUCAGAUACCACAGAAUAUGUUGCCACAGACACCAGCACAUUAUCAGCAAUACCCAGGGAUGCAUAUGAUACCAGUACGGUUUCCUCCCACUGGAAUGCAAAUGGUAACGGCAGUGGUGCCAACAUCAGUGGGAAUGUAUCAUCAGAAUGCAGAGUCCCAGCAGCAAUCACAGCAACAUAGUCAUCAAACUAUGUUUAUGGCUUCCACUACCCUCCCGCCCCACCAGCCACAUCCUACUCACACUCCAGGUCCUGGCCCACAACCAGCGCAACCACCAACUCCGCAGAAUCCAGGAGGAGGUGGUGGGCCUCCAAACAUGCCAACACAGCCUCCUACACCUGGACCUACUCCACCACAGCCUCUAAUUUAUCCACCCCACAUGGCCGGACAACCAUCUCUGCCUCAACACUUGUCGCAACACUCUCCUCAUACAGCCCCAUCACCCCAUGCUCACCAGUAUCCUGGUCAGAAUGCAGCAGCUGCUGGACACCAUGGAGGGCCUGGUCAGCAGAUGACUACCCAGAUUGUGAUGCUACCCCCCAGCAUGCAAGCAGGUCCACACAUGAUACACCCUUCAGGACCACCUCCACAUUCUGCUACAGCACACAUUCCCUCCUCCAUGGCGGGCUUUACUCCCACUUCAUCUGCCGCUGUACAGCACAUGCCUUCAGCCCCUCAUAUUCAAUACAUGCAAGGUACACCCGGCAGCCAUCAUCACUUGCCCAUUGUCCAUCACAGCCAAUGAAGCCUGGGCUUAGUAGGAGUAAAUCUGCACCAUCCCCAGCCUUCAGUUGUGUCUGCCUGAGUGUUUGGCCUUUGUGCAGAGUGGGAAUUUCUCUGCAUAGUGAAAUUGGGGAUGUUAUGUUACUGUUGUCAUGUUGAGAGAUGUAUCUAGGGUAGCUUGGUUACUACACUGAUCACUAUACACUACUACUCUGAUAUGGCUAUUGUCAUACCAGUUAUGUGCAAAGCAUUAGGAGGGUGGGGAGUUGUUUCCUAAAUUUUUUGUUUAUAUUUAAUGAAACCAAUGGGAAGUUAUGCAAGGGUAAUUAAUAUACGGGUAUGCUACCUUUUUUUCUUUAAGUUUUAGUGUUUCUGGAAAGUUUCAUGAUACAUAAGUAAAAGGGACAGUUGCUAUCAUAGACACAAGCAGUCAAUAUAUAGCUAUAUGCUUUUUGACAGGGAGGUCGGUAUUUAUUGUUGCGUUAAGAAGAGGGAUAACAUUUUAAAGUGACUACUUUUGAAAGGUAGCUCUCAGAUUUGUAGGAGUAGUGUAAUAUUUUUAUUUAAAGAUAAAAGAAGUUCAUGUGGUAUGGGACAAUAUCAGAUGCAGAGUUUAGAUGCUAUUGAUGCCAAGUAUCAGGUAGGCAGACUGGAGAGCUGGGUGAUGUAGUUGUGAUGUCCAGGUGAUAUAUGUCACAUGGAUUUAUCAGUAAAAAAAGUAUUUAUUGAUUAGCAAUAUUCUAUGAGAGACAGAAUGAAUGAGGGGCCAGUCAGACAGCUAGCCCAACAAAAUUAAACAUGAAGUGUGAUUUGCCUUAUCAUGUUUUGAAGUAAGUCUCAGUAAAUUGAAUCUGUGUUGUGACGUGUAAUGGAAAGCCAUACAGAAGUGUUGAUACCAAGGGCUCUUUUGUCACACCAUAUUUUGUACUGACUUGCUAAAAGGCAUCUCAAACUCCCCUCCCCUACUUCCCUAGCCCCACAUUCUUCAAAAGAAUCAUGUGGAAUGAUUUGGAGUCUGACUGGGAUGAUUAUGUGGCCAUUACAAACAUUCAACCUUUUCCUUUUCACAUUGUUGAAUUUCUAUUCAUUUACAUCUAGAUCAGGAUACAAAGCUGUGCAGUAGUGGUGAUGACUGUGUACAGUUUGGUGUCCAGCAGCUGGCUGGUGAUACUGCGGCAGCAAUGCUUACUUUUCUCUGAAAACAAAAGUAAGCUGUUUUAUAUACACCUCUUUUUUAUAAGUUGCCUAGCUAAAAUUACUUGCCUCUAUUUCUUGACUUUCUGUCUUACCAAAUCUCUUGGGCAAAUGUGGUAAGCUCACAGAAUGAAAUUAGCAAGUAUGGGCAAAACAAGGAGUAUCAGUGGCGAUCAGAAUGCUGUCAGUUUGGAAAAUAAAUUUGUAAUAAAAAUGUCACUCCAUUUCCAUAAGUAAAUAAAAGUGGAGAAACAACAUUAAUAUGCAUACUUGUUUUUUUUUUCGUUUUUAUGUAUUACUGUUUUCUUUUUUUCAUCAGAAACGAAACCAUGUGUAAUAUUUUGCUGAUGCAUUACGUUACAUUUUUUUGUAUAAAGCUUUUCCACUUCAUCAUCUGUUACUGCUCUACGACGUUCUGUGUACAUGACAGCAAAGUCCUGUUACUCAUGGCAGAGAACUGAACAGCCUCUGCAAAAACAAGAGGUGAGAAAUUGAAAAAAAUGGAAUAAAUUCCAAAAAUCACUAUUUAAAAACAAAAUCAAACAGAGGCCAAGAUAUGGUAAAGGGAAUAAUUUGUUUGGCUAUUUGUUCCACCUCUUGUAAUGGGAAAAUGUAGAAUAUGACAGCUAAACAUGUGAUGCAUUGUUAAAAAUUCAUGCUGUUUAUUAUUUAUGUCUUGUGUAUGAUACACUUGGUUACUUAAAAACCACCUUAUGAGAACAUUCAGACCUUACAAGGUAUUUUACAUUAUUCAGUUGUUUUUGUUCCAUACGAGAGAGAAAUUGAUAUGCAACUGAAUAAAUAAAAAUAAAAACAAUUUGUAUGAAGAAAAAAAUUUGAAGAUCAUUUGCUUUGUGAGCAGAGAAUUGUACAAGAUAUUUAAGUAUGUUGGAGUGGAUGGUAUGUGUUUGAGAGUUUUGCGCUAGUGUGGAAGUAUGAAAGAGUGAAUAUUGCAUGCGUUCAGAUGCCAGUGUGAACUGUGUACAGCAUUAGUAAAACUGUUCCCCUGUUCUGUAACUCCCUUCACUACUAUCUUUUCUCUUAUUUUUCCUUAUUCGUUGAUGUGUCUGUGGGCGAGUGUCACUAUUUAUUACUACAAGAAUGAAUCACCUACCAAGGAUUCAACCAGUGAUAACUUUAUUCUUGCAGAUACACUGAGAAUAGCUAGAUAUUUUUCUUAGUUACUGGUGUUGCAGGCAGUUGAAAGUAACGAGAGAUGCAGGGCAGUCACUUUAAACUUGUACAUUUAGGGUUUUAUAGGAAGUGCUUCUUUUAUUUAGUAUUAUUUACAUCAAUAUAAUGUUUCCAAGAAGGAUAACAUUAUCAGAAUUUACUCUUAUAUUGAUUAGUUUGAUUACAUAUGAUUUUAACCUUAAAUUUUCAAUGUUUGAAACUGUGUUUGAGAGAGAAUCCACAGAUACACUUUUAACAAAGUCUGCCACUGCAUAAGCUAGAUUAUUUUUUUCUUAUUCCCUCUUCUCAACUAUAACUGCAUGCAAAUGUGCUAGUAAGCUGAAACGAUUGUUCUUUUUUAUUUUUUUAUUUACUUUUUUCAUAUAGAUUCCCUUAAUUUUGUAUUAACUGCCUGCCUCCAUUUUCCUCCCUACACCAUUUCCUGCAUCUCUCCUAUAAUUUCUCUUCUCUCUUUUGCAAGGAAAUUAAUCCUUUUCUUUACUGCCACAACAGGAGUCGUCAGGGCGCAGCAUAUGUAGAUGUUGAAGUUAAACACUGACUUCACUGCUAAAGAUGUAGGUCUCUCACUUCUCUCUUGCAGGGGAAUGUAUGAUGCUGUAUCAUUCUUGUAGCAAUCUUUCUUUGUAUUUUUUUUAUUUUUAUUUUUAUUAUUAUUUUUUUUAUUUCAUUAUGAUAUUAAAGUCGGAAGUUUUUAUAUGUGAACAUUGAAGGAUUUAUAUAUGAAGUUUAAAAAGAAACAUUGUUGAAUAGAUAUGGAAAAUUACUAAACUGAAAGUUAUAUGUAUUAAGAUAUUUAGAAUGGGAGAAAAACAAGCAGGGUUAUAAUAAAAAGAACAUGUUAUGAAUGGGAAGGAGCGUGAAGGGUUUCAUCUCUCUUAAUGUAUUGUGCCACCAAUAUUGUUAUCAAACAGGAACACGGAAAAAGUUGGCAAUAACACUAAAAGACGUGAUGCCCAGUACUCGAAACUAUUGAGAAUGUAGUCAAAAAUACAAAAGGAAACUUCCCAUUGUGUAGCAGCUGAAACUCACAGCUAAAGGCUAUAAAUAAAGAGAAAAGUUUA